AUGCCUUCUUGUUACAAUUCGCAAGACACCCCUGAACUAAAAUUUAUCGACGACAUGAAGACCCACGACACCAUCCCAAUCCCUUCUGGUUUUGCGGAACGCCGAGCCAAGAACCUGAUGUUGGCUACUCAAGACUACUCUGAUAUGGAGUUAUUGGCUUUGGUGAUCAAAGACCGACGCGUUUUUGACAGUACAUCUAAUCUGGGAGUGGAUGAUUUUAUGCUCCUUAUCGCCGAAGGUCUCCCUGAUGAAAAUUUACUUAUUGAAGUCUUGAAGCGCAAGAAACUCCAUACUUACUUGACUCUUCUUCAUUCGAUUGAUGAAAUCAUUAAAGAAAUAGAGAUCCGCAAUCUUCGCAACCAGUUGACGAAGAUUGACCGUCUUCGUAUUGCCCAAGCUGCAGCGCCCGAGCUGGCUGCCUCUCAGAUCCAUCGUAAAAUGGACAAAUAG